AUGUGGGGUCCCAGGUGCGUGGUCUCAGUCGAAGAAGGCGGAGGCAGGGACGAGGCCGGAGCACUUAUCCUCACCCAAUAUGGGGUCCCAGGUGCGUGGUCUCAGCCCGAAGAAGGCGACGAGGCCGGAGCGCUUUUCCUCAACCAAUAUGUUCCAGGCGCGUGCUCGGAGGCGGGAGCGCUUAUCCUCAACCAAUAUGGGGUCCCAGGUGCGUGCUCUCGCGGACCAGGCCGGCGCAAUAUGGGGUUCCAGGCGCGUGGUCUCAGCCCGAAGAAGGCGGAGGCGGGGACGAGGCCGGAGCUGGGGUCCCAGGUGCGUGCUCGGCAGGGACGAGGCCGGAGCGCUUAUCCUCAACCAAUAUGGGGUCCCAGGUGCGAAAGCGGAGGCGGGGACGAGGCCGGAGCGCUUAUCCUCGACCAACGUGGAGUCCCAGGUACGCGAUCUCGGCCCGAAGAAGGUGAAGGUGGGGACGAGGGCGGAGCACUUAUCCUCAACCGAUAUGGGGUCCUAGGUGCGUGCCCUACCGCAGCGUGCAUCAGUGCCAGGUGCUUGAAGCCAGAAGAAGGCGAGCUUCAAGAGGAGGCGACAACAAGCUCGAAGGACUUACUCUCAGAAUACGUUCUCGGCGCGUGGUCUCAACCUGAAGAAGACAGAGGUUCGUGGUCUGGAGAGAACAGAAGCCGAGACCAGGCCGGAGUGCGCGGUCUCAACUUGAAGAGGAUGGAGGCGGGAACCAGGCCGGAGCACUUCUCCUCAACCAACACCGGGUCUGAGGUGCGUGGUCUCAACUCGAACAGGAAGCUCAAGCUGAAGAAGACAGAGGCGUGGAAGCUCAAGAUGAAGAAGGGCAAGGACAAGGUGCGUAUCCUCAAGAAGAAGAAGGCCGGGAGCGGGAACGAAGCCGUGCAGGCUCGCCUGCAUGGUGUCCCAGGUGCGUGGUCUCAGUCGAAGAAGGCGGAGGCAGGGACGAGGCCGGCGCAAUAUGGGGUUCCAGGCGCGUGGUCUCAGCCCGAAGAAGGCGGAGGCGGGGACGAGGCGGGGACGAGGCCGGAGCGCUUAUCCUCGACCAACGUGGAGUCCCAGGUACGCGAUCUCGGCCCGAAGAAGGUGAAGGUGGGGUGCUUGAAGCCAGAAGAAGGCGAGCUUCAAGAGGAGGCGACAACAAGCUCGAAGGACUUACUCUCAGAAUACGUUCUCGGCGCGUGGUCUCAACCUGAAGAAGACAGAGGCGGCGACAAGGUGCGCGGUCUCAACUUGAAGAGGAUGGAGGCGGGAACCAGGCCGGAGCACUUCUCCUCAACCAAUAUCGGGUCCGAGGUGCGUGGUCUCAACUCGAACAGGAAGCUCAAGCUGAAGAAGACAGAGGUGUGGAAGUUCAAGCUGAAGAAGACACAGGCGUGGAAGCUCAAGCUGAAGAAGGGCAAGGACAAGGUGCGUAUCCUCAAGAAGAAAAAGGCCGGGAGCGGGAACGAAGCCGUGCAGGCUCGCCUGCAUGGUGUCCCAGGUGCGUGGUCUCAGUCGAAGAAGGCGGAGGCAGGGACGAGGCCGGCGCAAUAUGGGGUUCCAGGCGCGUGGUCUCAGCCCGAAGAAGGCGGAGGCGGGGACGAGGUACGCGAUCUCGGCCCGAAGAAGGUGAAGGUGGGGUGCUUGAAGCCAGAAGAAGGCGAGCUUCAAGAGGAGGCGACAACAAGCUCGAAGGACUUACUCUCAGAAUACGUUCUCGGCGCGUGGUCUCAACCUGAAGAAGACAGAGGCGGCGACAAGGUGCGCGGUCUCAACUUGAAGAGAAUGGAGGCGGGAACCAGGCCGGAGCACUUCUCCUCAACCAAUAUCGGGUCCGAGGUGCGUGGUCUCAACUCGAACAGGAAGCUCAAGCUGAAGAAGACAGAGGUAAGAACGAGGUGCGUCAAGAAGAAAAAGGCCGGGAGCGGGAACGAAGCCGUGCAGGCUCGCCUGCAUGGUGUCCCAGGUGCGUGGUCUCAGUCGAAGAAGGCGGAGGCAGGGACGAGGCCGGCGCAAUAUGGGGUUCCAGGCGCGUGGUCUCAGCCCGAAGAAGGCGGAGGCGGGGACGAGGCGGGGACGAGGCCGGAGCGCUUAUCCUCGACCAACGUGGAGUCCCAGGUACGCGAUCUCGGCCCGAAGAAGGUGAAGGUGGGGUGCUUGAAGCCAGAAGAAGGCGAGCUUCAAGAGGAGGCGACAACAAGCUCGAAGGACUUACUCUCAGAAUACGUUCUCGGCGCGUGGUCUCAACCUGAAGAAGACAGAGGCGGCGACAAGGUGCGCGGUCUCAACUUGAAGAGGAUGGAGGCGGGAACCAGGCCGGAGCACUUCUCCUCAACCAAUAUCGGGUCCGAGGUGCGUGGUCUCAACUCGAACAGGAAGCUCAAGCUGAAGAAGACAGAGGUGUGGAAGUUCAAGCUGAAGAAGACACAGGCGUGGAAGCUCAAGCUGAAGAAGGGCAAGGACAAGGUGCGUAUCCUCAAGAAGAAGAAGGCCGGGAGCGGGAACGAAGCCGUGCAGGCUCGCCUGCAUGGUGCGUGGUCUCAGCCCGAAGAAGGCGACGAGACCGGAGCGCUUAUCCUCAACCAAUAUGUUCCAGGCCGGCGCAAUAUGGGUUUCCAGGCGCGUGGUCUCAGCCCGAAGAAGGCGGAGGCGGGGACGAGGCCGGAGCUGGGGUCCCAGGCGGGGACGAGGCCGGAGCGCUUAUCCUCGACAAACGUGGAGUCCCAGGUACGCGAUCUCGGCCCGAAGAAGGUGAAGGUGGGGUGCUUGAAGCCAGAAGAAGGCGAGCUUCAAGAGGAGGCGACAACAUGCUCGAAGGACUUACUCUCAGAAUACGUUCUCGGCGCGUGGUCUCAACCUGAAGAAGACGGAGGCGGCGACAAGGCCGGAGUGCCUAUCCUCAAGCAAUAUGGGGUCCCAGGUGCGCGGUCUCAACUUGAAGAGGAUGGAGGCGGGAACCCGGACGGAGGCGAGGAGAGGCCGGAGUACCUAUGCAAGGACAAGGCUGGAGGGCCCAUCCUCAACCAACAUGGGGCGGGAAAGCUCAAGCUGAAGAAGACAGGGGCAGGGACAAGGCCGGGAGGGCUCAUCCUCAACCAAUAUGGGGCGUGGAAGCUCAAGCUGAAGAAGGGCAAGGACAAGGCGUGGAAGCGCAUGCUGAAGGAGACGGAGGCGUGGAAGCUCAAGCUGAAGAAGGGCAAGAACAAGGCGUGGAAGCUCAAGCUGAAGAAGGGCAAGAACAAGGCCGGGAGGGUGUAUCCCCAACCAAUAUGGGUUUCCCUCAAGCUGCAGAAGGGCAACGACAAGGCGUGGACGCUCAAGCGGAAGAAGACAGAGGCGUGGACGCUCAAGCGGAAGAAGACAGAGGCAAGGAGGAGGCCGGGCGUGGACGCUCAAGCCGAAGAAGACGGGGGCAAGGACCAGGCGUGGAAGCUCAAGCGGAAGAAGACGGAGGCAAGGACGAGGCGAACACUGAAGGAGACGGAGUCGCCGAAGGCGAGCCAUGGAGAGUGCAAGGAAUAUGCCCGAUACUUGGGCAUCGACCCCGGAUACGAGGGUGCAUGGUCUCAACCUGAGAAGAACACGGAGGCCGGAGGCGGGGACGUAUCCUCAACCAAGAUGCGGAGCGGGGACGAGGCCGGAGCGCUUAUCAUCAACCAAGAUGGUGUCUCAGGUGCGUGGUCUCAAGCCGAAGACGGCGGAGGCGGGGACGAGGCCGGAGCGCUUAUCAUCAACCAAGAUGGGGUCUCAGGUGCGUGGUCUCAAGCCGAAGAAGGCGAAGGCGGGGACGAGGCCGGAGCGCUUAUCCUCAACCAAGAUGGGGUGUCAGGUGCUUGGUCUGAAGCUGAGAAGACGGCGGAGGUAGGGACGAGGCCGGAGCGCUUAUCCUCAACCAAGAUGGGGUUUCAGGUGCGUGGUCUGAAGCUGAGAAGACGGCGGAGGCGGGGACGAGGCGGGGACGAGGCCGGAGCGCUUAUCCUCAACCAAGAUGGGGUCUCAGGUGCGUGGUCUCAAGCCGAAGACGGCGGAGGCGGGGACGAGGCCGGCGGGGACGAGGCCGGAGCACUUGUCCUCAACCAAUAUGGGGUCUCAGGCGGGGACGAGGCCGGAGCGCUUGUCCUCAACCAAUAUGGUGUCCCAGGUGCAUGCUCCCAAGCACGAGACUUCAACCUCAAGAAGAACGAGGCCGGGAUAGGCGUACACUUCACAAGUCGUCGUGAUGAAGAGAUCGCACAGUCAGCUAUGCACGCAUGUUCCAGACUAGUCGGAUCAUGGACCGGUGGCUUUGAAAGGGAGGCAAGCGAGCCUGUGGCACAGCUGCAACUGGGGCUCAGGCGUGCGAUAGAAACCAGUAGUUCACGACAGCUCGACGCGAUGGAUACACCGGUACUUUUCAGCGCCUUAAACUGCACUUGCCGGACGGCAGCAAAGAAAUGGACACGUCUACCCCACAACCUGAAGCUGGCCAUUUCGCAGUUCACGAGACGCUCGGAUUGGGCACUGAGGCUAGGACACCUAGCGCUGAUCGGUGCACUCUCCAGGUACCCGAUGCUGGCUUCGAGAGCCACAGACGACUUCGACUUUGGCCGGCGACUCCAAUACUUUUCAGUCCAGGAUCUACAAGGGCUUCCGAGAAACACCAAGAAGACCAUCCGUCUCUGCAUCGCGAACCUUCGGGCUUUCGAGAAGAAGAAGAAGCAGAAGGAGAGGACAGAGCUCCGGAAGCAGAAGCAGGAGGAACUCCUGAGACGGAAAUUCGAAGCAACAAAGAUUGUGGUCGAGCGCGCGGCC